AUGGGCGCUCGCCCUGUUCCCGAUGCCGAGCUCAAGCUCAUCGGUGAAUACGGUCUUGUGAACAAACGUGAGGUCUGGCGUGUUCAGUACACUUUGUCCAAAAUCCGCCGUGCCGCUCGCCUUGAAGAAAAUGACCCCAAACGCCUCUUCGAAGGGAACGCCCUGACCCGCCGUCUCGUUCGCCAAGGUGUGCUCGACCAGUCCCACAUGUGCCUCGACUACGGCCUAUCUCUCCGGCCGGAGGACUUUCUCGAGCGCAGAUUGCAGACAGUUAUCUUCCGCCUGGGACUUGCGCGAUCGAUUCAUCAUGAGCGUGUAUUGAUUCGUCAGCGACACACCAGGGUCGGAAAGCAGCUCGUCAAUGUUCCCUCGUUCAUGGUACAGCUUGAUUCUCAGAAGCAUAUUGACUUUACGCUCAACUCUCCCUUUGCAGGAGGUCGUUCUGGUCGUGUUGCUCGCAAGAAGGCUCGAGACGGGACAGGGAGUGGUAGAGAUGCUGCAGAGGAGGGUUGA